CGCCCCAAAUAGGAAGUCGUGCACAACCAUUGUUCAACCAUUUGUUUUGCCAGGGAAAAGGUAAACGUGGAUACGAGUCUAUUUAGAUCAAGUCUAAACAUUCUCGUUUUCUCAACAAAGUUAAAGAUUUACUAGCAAAUGACAAUGGAGAAUGCUGCCCACCUCCAAAGUCAGCUAACCUCUCUCAUGAACGCGGUAAUGAGGGCAGCGGUCGUGGAAAUAGUCAGACUUGUAGAGGGCAGCGCCGUGGCCCUUCGCGACGAGUUGUCCAAGAGUAGACGGGAGAACGAAGCACUGAAAGCCGAGAACGAGUCGAAUAAAAAUAAGAUGCAAAAUUUGGAAGCAAAACUAGCUGCGGAGCAGCGUUAUCUUGGUUGUCAUGUAGCCGAAGCUGGUGGCGAUCAAUUUGUCCAAACAAAGGAAGAUGUUAAGGCUUGUGCAGAGAAGACCCGUGCAAGGCUGCAAUCUUUGGAGCCAGCAGGCCAAUCCCAGGCUACAGCUUUCAAUAAAGGGGAAGGCCUAAAAGUUGUUGCCAUGGAGAAGGAUGGAAUACAAGUACUUCGCAUCAAGAAGGAAAUAAAUGAAGGCACAGAACAUGACACACCAUGUCCAAUGACCGGUGAGCAGCCGUGUCCCAAAGUGGACAUGGUGUAUGGCAAGGAGUGGAGCCAAAGCCUGUGGCGAGACGGAAAAGAAAUAGGAGACCGCAGCGACGGAACAGAGGAGAAAGAAACUCCAGGACCAUCAAUGACCCAGCAUCAGAACGGAGGUUCCACUUCAGUGCAGUAAGCUGAGUCCAUCCACUCCUAUCUUCAAAGUCUUCUGUGAUCCUGAACGAGACUCGUAUCCCGACUAAUGACUUUAGAGGGAAUUUCUGAAUUCUGUUCUCCUUGUCACUGACUGGUCAUGACAGAUAGACGGCAAUGUUAAAGAUCCUUGUCUUUAUUUACUAGUUGGCCCACGGGACCUCCUAUAAAACUGUCUCAAGGGGGAUGGACAGUAGUCGUGUGCCACGUCAGGGUCAAGAUCCCCAGUGCACCGCACCCCCAACAAUGUCCAGGUGAACAUCCCCCUCCCCACCAUCAACUUCCAAGGGGUCUGCGACCACAUGCCGCUUCAUCAAUAUCUUCGCGGGGCUGCCUAGGUCUAUGAGCAACUUGAAGGUGCUCAGGCAUAGUCCCCUGUAGAAAAGUGCCCUGUACCCUCCCCCCAGAUGCUUCCUCCUGGGCAAUGGCGGGUACCCCUGUCUACAGACGCCUGUGUGCCUCAUCACACCAUAUCCAAAGUCUGAUCAGAACCCAGAGCACGACCAGCUUAACCAGAACCACGCCAAGGCUCUCUUCCCCCAUCGAGAGGACCUUCAACAUCAUGAGAAAGCGCUGGCACAUCUUCCUCCAGCCCGUCAAGCUCCACCCAUUCUUCAUCCCGAAAGUGCUUGCAAUGUGCACUGUGCUGCAUAACAUCUGCCUCCGGUCCGGGGACGUGCUGGAGCCAGUAAAGAUUGAGGACAGAAACGAGGUGACUGAGGCUCUGAAGGAGUGGCUAGUGUCAAAUGAGACCAGCAGAAAGGCGAUGAGGGACAGUUUGGCUUAACAGAUCUCUACAAUGAAAUUAAUGGCCUCAGUGAAUGAUGGGCAAGGGACAUCUGCACCGGCAAACAUGGUGGCAGUGCAACAAGAAUUGGCUUACAACAUGGUGGUGAUGGAAAUUGAUUACUUCAGGAGCCAAUAAGCGGUGGUGGAACUGUCGCUGCCAACCCUUCAUGUUUUUCGUGAAACAAUUUAGCAAAGUCACCUCCUAUUCUAAUGCUUGUAUACAGUACCAUGUAUAAGAUCCUCCACUUUAUUUCAAAUUAUAUAUUUUUUAUACUGUACAUGGUGAAGUGAAACACGUUUGUUUGUUUUUUUGGUAUGGUGUGAUUGUGGGACUGGUAUUCUAACUAGUUAAAAAAAAAAAAAUGUUAUUACUGUAUGGACAAUAAAAGCAUCCCCUGUGGUCUGCAGUGCAGCCCUGCAUGUGGUAUGCAUUAAAGUCUUUUAUAAAGCCCUUUUCAUUGUGUCACCUAAAGGGGCAUUUUACCUUAGUGGAAAAUACAUGAAAAGUUCCUAAUGCCAGGCGUAUUUCAACCACUAAUGCAUUGUAUACCAGUGAUGAAACGGACCAAACCAUCCUUGUAUUCUUAUGUCGUUACUGAAUGCUUUAACCUUGUGUGGUGUUCGGGUCUGUGGGACCCAUUUUCAAUGUUUACUAAAAUGAAAAACCUGAGACUCA